GAUUAAAUAUCCGAUCAUUGUUUUUGUAAAAUAUGGUGGAUCAAUACAGUGAGAAGGAUCAGCCAAAGAAAGUUGCUGACAGGUACCUGAAGCAAGAAGUUCUUGGCCAAGGUACUUAUGGAGUCGUCUUCAAAGCUACUGAUACUAAGAACGGACAAACUGUAGCGAUCAAGAAGAUAAGACUUGGUAAAGAGAAAGAAGGUGUGAACAUAACAGCUCUAAGAGAAAUCAAAUUACUCAAAGAGCUUAAACAUCCUCAUAUUAUCGAGUUGGUUGAUGCCUUUCCUCACAAGGAGAACUUGCACCUUGUGUUUGAGUUCAUGGAGACUGACCUCGAAGCAGUCAUCCGAGAUCCUAAUCUCUUUCUCUCCCCUGCUGACGUCAAAUCGUACCUCCAAAUGACAUUGAAAGGUCUUGAGUAUUGCCAUGACAAAUGUGUUUUGCACAGAGAUAUGAAGCCGAACAACUUGUUGAUAGGACCCAGUGGACAACUAAAACUCGCAGACUUUGGGUUAGCACGUAUAUUUGGUAGUCCAGGUCGUAAGUUUACUCACCAGGUCUUUACUAGAUGGUAUAGAGCACCUGAGCUUCUGUUUGGUUCCAAACACUAUGGUUCUGCUGUUGAUGUUUGGGCUGUUGGCUGUAUAUUCGCCGAGCUUCUGUUACGCAGACCUUUUCUUCAGGGGAAAAGUGAUAUUGAUCAGUUAAGUAAAAUCUUUGCUGCCUUUGGGACUCCUAAAGAAGAUCAGUGGCCAGAUAUGUUGUCUCUUCCUGAUUAUGUAGAGUAUCAGUAUGUCCCUGGGGCGUCUCUACGUUCUUUAUUCCCAAUGGUUAGUGAGGAUGGUCUUGAUUUGUUGUCAAAGAUGUUCACCUAUGACCCCAAAUCUAGAAUAACGAUUCAGCAAGCUUUACAACACAGGUACUUCACAUCUGCACCUUCUCCUACCGACCCAUUAAAGCUACCAAGAGCGGUUCACAAGAAGGAAGUUAAAUCAUCUGAGAGUAAACUCAAAACUAUUACGGUGUUGUCACCAGCACAUAAGCUUAGAAGAGUGAUGCCUGACCGAGGAAAGAGUACGGAUGUCAUGAAACAAGCUAGCCAUGAUGGACAAGCACCUAUGUCUUUAGAUUUCACCAUACUAGCUGAGCGGCCACCAAACCGACUAACCAUCACCAGUGCGGAUAGAUCUAAUCUGAAGAGGAAACUCGAUCUUGAGUUCAUGUAGGAUAUAACGGAACAGGCGGCUUUCUUCAUGUCAUAUUACUACUAGUGAUGAUGAACAUGGCGAAUCAUUCUUUUGGUUUACUAUAAACACACAAAG